AUGCUCUCUUUGUGUGUGUGUGUGUCUCUCUCUCGCUCUCUUUGUGUGCGUAUGUGUGUGUGUGUCUCUCUCUCUCUCUCUCUUUGUGUGCUUGUGUAUGUGUGUGUGUGUCUCUCUCUCUCUCUCUUUGUGUGCGUAUGUGUGUGUGUCUCUCUCUCUCUCUGUGUGUCUCUCUCUGCUCUCUUUGUGCGUAUGUGUGUGUGUCUCUCUCUCGCUCUCUUUGUGUGCCUUCCUUCACACACACUUCCUUUUUUUUUCUCCUCUCUUCUCUCACUCUCUCUGUUUUUAUCUUUUAUCCAACGUCUCUCUUCGCCCAUCCUUCCAAGGUCUCUUUCAUUUUUUUUCUUUACGUCAACGGGGACCCCCUCAUCCCUGAUCCCGCUACCACCACUUUGUGUUGCUUUGCUAAAAUUUCUAUCUUUUCAAGUAACUGCUUCCCAACCGGUUUGUGACGAAUUGUGUACUAUUAUUUUAUUGACAUUUAUGUUGUCGAAUUCAGAAAGUUCAACGGGGCAGGAUGCCGUAGCAUCUGAAACUGACGAAGAACAAGAAUGUCUAGUAUCUGUAAAGCAGAGAAUCCAACGGUUGGAGGAGACAAAAGCCAGCCGGAAACAAAUAUGCAAGGAUGGCCAGAAAAAAAGAACCCCGCCACCUGUUCCAGAAAAACCAAGAUCCCUUUCCUUACGAGGGCCGGCCGACUUUUCAACAUUCAAGGCGAUCCCACCUGAAAAGCAACGCAACAAGAUGCAGACCGAGCAAGAUUCGUUUAGGGAGUCGCAGAGGUUCAAAUCCACCAGCGACCUUAGCGAAGUUGACAAAGAUUCGGGUGUGUCGAUCGAACCAAAUGUGACCCCAUCGCUGCACUGGAUGCUCGCUCAGCAGCAGCACCCGUCUAAAUUGAAAAACCUUUAUUCUGGGGGCCGAGGUUCGGAUCCAGAUAUAUCCCAUUUGAAAGAUACAAGUAAUAGUCACUCUUUGUCGUUUCGCCAAGAUUGCAAUUUACCUUUUUCGCAGAUUGGUUCGUCUGAUGGUUAUAGUACCCUUCCUGGCAAAAAGAGGCGGCCGAUGCGAGCGAGCACAGGUUCGGCCCCAUCUUUGGCACCCAAAGAAUUCCAGGCCCAAAAUAAGGAUGUUGCUUUGCUGUAUCGGCCACGUCCGAUUAAACCUUGUUCACCAAACAUUACACCGCGCAACAAUUCUGCUUACCACACUUUGCCGAGAUCAUCAACCAGUAUCAAAGAGAUGGAUCGAUCAUCGUCAGAACAGGAUGUUCAAACUGGUAGCAUAACUAGCGACGAAGAUGGUGGAUUUCAUGAAGAACAAGACGUUUCUCUUUCGAAAAGCCAACUGGAACGGAUGUCUUCCAGCUUUCCAAGCCCUCACUCUGCGACAAAUGACUCCUCACGAAGAGAAACAGAAUGCCGGAAGCUAUCGUUGGAAAAUCUAGUUUUAAGCGACAACCAAUCGGAAACCGAGGUUCAAAACAACAUCCGCCGUUCACUAAGUCCUCUCAGAGUCGAAGUUCCUGCUUCUGUUUCUUUUCACUCUUCUCAAUUAUUCUUUCUUGCAAGUUAUUGGUAUCUCUAUACAGAAGCAGAGAAAUUAACCCAGCUACGAGCACUCCGUGUUUGUUUAUAUUUCUUUUUACGUCACAUUCUCUCUCACUCUUUCUCCGCGUUUUGUCUCUCAUUGUCUGCGUGUUUCUGUCAGUCUCUCAUUGUCUGCGUGUUUCUGUCGGUCUCUCAUUGUCUGCGUGUUUCUGUCGGUCUCUCAUUGUCUGCGUGUUUCUGCCCGUCUCUCUUUUGUCCGCGUGUUUCUGCCCGUCUCUCUUUUGUCCGCGUGUUUCUGCCCGUCACUCCUUUGUCCGCGUGUUUCUGCCGGUCUCUCCUUUGUCCGCGUGUUUCUGCCGGUCUCUCCUUUGUCCGCGUGUUUCUGCUGGUCUCUCCUUUGUCCGCGUGUUUCUGCUGGUCUCUCCUUUGUCCGCGUGUUUCUGCCGGUCUCUCUUUUGUCCGCGUGUUUCUAUUUCUCGGCACUUAG